AUGUCAAUUGAUACAGGUGACACAGGUGUCAAGGAUCCGUUAUUUUUUGCUUUAGCUGGACUGCCCGAUUUCUCUCAGAUAAGCGACGAACCAUUUGAAGACGAUGACGAGGAGUUCAUUACAACCAGAAACAAAGAUCCAGAAUCCCAAGUAUUAGUGCCAAAAAUUCAUCCGUUAUCCGAAGCCGAAGAGCAGAAGUAUCGUCCACUGUUCAACAAAUUGGUGGAUGUCGACAAAGUGCAUAAAAAUCUCAGGAAACCGGACAAGACUGAAUCGACAGCCACUCUUCAGCGCAAGUCUUUGGCAGCAUUUCGAAGUGCACAUCAUGACUUUGCAACAGUUUGUCAAAGAUUCCACAUUCACUAUCACCUCACUGCAGUCAGCUGCGAUAUUGAUGACGGCUGGGAGCAAGCUUUUUCAACCAACAAGACGUUUUCAGAGUGGGCCAACAAGAAUUUGAAAUUUUCAACAAAGUUUAAGUUAUAUGUACAUGGGAAGGAAGUUGCUCAAGAGAUCGAGAAGAAGCCACCUCAACCUGUUGAUGCGCGCAGGGGAGAACUGACUAGGGAGCUCAACAGAUUGAUGGGCGAACAUAUGCCUGGUAAGGUUUUCCCAAAAUCUGAUGACCCAGCGAGUAUAAUUCGCGACAAAGGUUGGCCUAUCCGACUUGUACUGUCUCGACCAGCUAGUUCUCUGUUACCGGAAGAACUGGAAUCAGGCUUCCGCUGCUGUGAUGAUUCACAAAAGAAGAGAUGGCUAAGCGACAUCAAAGAAGGACACUUUUUUAUUGAAAAAAUUCCACCUUCUGAAUUACCACCAAAACAAAAGACUACGAAAAAAAACCCAGCAAACAAAAGAAAUCUCAAAUUGCUUCCCAAACCUCAGCGGCCUCUCCUACGAUCACUCAAGGCACUCAAAAUCAACCAAUCGGUGAUUCUGAUCAUACUCAAACAACCUUGGGUCAAAGCCACGCUCAAACAAAAGCUGUCAUCCAAAAAAUCGGCCAAGGAGACUCGUGUCAAUAGUGAAGAAGAAGAAGAAUCUACGGAAGGGUCCGAAGAAGAGGAAGAAGAUCCAACCCAUGACUUAUCAGAUUCUGAGCCUGAAUCCGACUCCGAUGCUUGA